GCGUAAAUUGUUUGAUAUGAAUCAAAGUCAAGAAUUUAACAUAAACAAAUGAUUUAAACGUAAACUAGUUAUGGGUCGAUUCAAUGCUUUAUAAACCUACGAAUUGUAUGAAACUUAGGAAUGUGAAUGGGGUAAGUAGUAGGAUUCAAUUUCCAAUACAAAUGCCACCUCUUUUAUGAUUACCUAAAUCCGCUCCAUUACCUGUUCUUAAAAUGAGGAGAUCACAAAGCUUGGAGGAAGGACUGUUACCAGGUUCUUCAAUUCUUGAAUCAAAUCAUACUGGUGAUGGCAGUGACAUUACUGAACAAAGUGAUUCUUCUGCUACUCCCAUUGUUGUGUUCAGCACCUUCAUUUCUAUAUGCGGUUUCUUAGUUUUGGGCUGUUGUGCUGGAUAUUCGUCGCCUACUGAAACUGAAAUCAUGGAGGACCUUGGCCUUUCAGUCGCAGAAUACUCUGUUUUUGGUUCGGCAUUGACCAUUGGAGGACUGGUUGGUUCAAUAGUAAACGGGAAAAUAACCGAUCUCAUUGGUAGGAGAAAAGCGUUCUGGUUAGCAGAUUUCUUCUUCACCAUUGGGUGGCUGGCAAUAGCAUUCUCCAAUGCUGCCUGGUCCCUGGAUCUUGGAAGAUUAUCAUUGGGAAUUGCGAUAGGCCUCACUUUUUAUGUGGCACCUGUAUAUGUUGCAGAAAUUGCACCUAAGGAUAUUCGAGGAGCAUUAACAUUGGUUAAUCAGUUGAUGGUGACAAGCGGCAUAUUACUGAUGUACGUUCUUGGAACUGUUGUUUCCUGGCGUACCUUGGCUCUAAUCGCUGUUGUUCCAUGCUUUGUGCAAGUAUUGGGUAUAUUCUUCAUUCCUGAAUCCCCUAGAUGGUUGGCGAUGGUUGGUCGAGAGAAAGAAAUAGAUGCUGCUCUACAGAAACUUAGGGGAAGGACUGCUAAUAUUUCUCAGGAAUCAGCUAACAUCAAAGUUUACACAGAGGCCUUUCAGCAACAAUCCGAAGAAGGAAUCUUUAACCUGUUCCGGCCCAGAUAUGCUAAUGCACUCAUAGUGGGAAUUGGGAUUAUGUCAUUGCAGCAAUUGGGAGGGAUUAAUGCCAUUUUGUUUUAUUGCAGUUCCAUAUUUGAAGCAGCUAAUUUUUCAAGUAAAGUGGGGACUAUCUCCAUGGCUAUUAUUCAGAUUCCGGUUGUUCUUGUAUCUGUUAUCUUAAUAGACAAAUCCGGAAGAAGACCACUUCUUAUGGUUUCAAGCUCCGGAACAUGCUUCAGUUUCUUCCUUCUUGGCUUAUCAUUCUGUCUGCAGUAUCACAACUAUUGGAAGGAGAUCACUCCAGUUUUGGUUUAUAUUGGCAUAAUGGCCUAUAUAAUAAGUUUCUCCAUAGGCAUGACGGGGUUGCCAAUGGUAAUAAUGUCCGAGGUAUUUCCCAUGAACAUCAAGGGCUCAGCUGGAAGCCUUUCAACUUUUGCCAAUUCUGUAUGCGCUUGGGCUGUUGCAUACACUUUCAAUUUUAUGUUUGAAUGGAGCCCAACAGGAACAUUUUUCAUAUACUCUGGCAUUUGAGCUUUCACAAUCCUAUUUAUUGCAAAGCUUGUGCCAGAGACUAAUGGGCGAACACUUGAAGAAAUACAAGAAUCCAUGACCAUCUUUCACCGAGAAAACACGCAUACAUCUACAGUCUAGUGCAAUAAUCAUAAAAGAAUAAUACCAGAUGUACAAAUUGACCUAUCAUCUAAUGAAUGGAUGAAUGUAUACAAAAAGUUAAUUCCAUAAAUAUUCAAUAAAUAUAGAUGAAUGAGUCGUAUCACAUCUGGAGAUUUGAGUUUGGAUAUUAUAUAUUAUAAUAGAUUACAUUUUGAUA